AUGCAAGACAACACUCCCCUACGACACCACUUGAAGACUUCCCGCCAACCAUUUGUGGUGAUAUCUGGUGUCUCGAUCGAGCUCUUCAACGCCUACUUUGAAGACGACGAAGACGCUCCGGUCACGCUGCGCUUUGUCGACCUCGUCAACGGCAGCAUCAUCAUUACGGACUUUCCGUCGGAGGCGCACGAGAAUUUCAUCGGCAAUUUCGAGUACGCGUUUCUCCAGGCGUCAGGAAACGGCACGGAGGUGCGUAAGAGUCGCUCGUUCACGGCGUCACGCGGCCAAGGCAUCAAGAAGAAGCAGGCCGACGCGACGUUUGGCCCACGGCGCCGCACGCUCAACCGAGGCCCACCGCCGACGCUCGAUGAAGAACCACCGCGCGUGCUGCGUCGAUGCAGCGAGUGGGUGACGCUGGCGGUUGAGGUCGGCCACUAUCAGGCGUGGAAUGGGCUUCUCGUCGCAGGCAAUUGGUGGUCCAACUACGUCGGCGUCAAGUACGUGCUUUUGAUGCAAGCCGACAAGAAGGCGACAAAACUGGAAUACCAAUUGCACGAGAUCUCGCAGGUGGGUGAUCUCCCGCCGGCGUCCCGACGCGGGACCGUGAAGCUGGGCGACGUCGCCGGCGAGGCGUCGCCGGCGAACAUGCACGACUUCUGCAACGUGAACCUUCUUCGUGUGCUGGAAGGCGCCCAUGAUAUCUUGUCCAAGUAG